GCGCCUUCAAGCCAAUCUCAACUGCAUCCGCCGGGGGCACGCUCACCCAGUUCCUGCAAGGGGCCGUCAGCAACGAUCUCUUGAGUGGGGAUUGGUCCUUCCAGAUUUGGAAUGGCAACACCGUGAGGACCGGCAACUUCGGCCCCGUGACCCUUACCUUCCGGAACUUCAUUU